AUGCUGGGGUCCGAAAAAGAGGAGGACCAUUAUCGGUGGAAGCUCGCGAUCGUGAUGCGAGCUCAAUGUGCGCCGAUAAUGAUGAAAACACAGUAACCAACCAACCAAACGGGAGUGGCACUCUCAUUCUGUCAUGCAUCGAUUCGAUCCGAAUUCAUGAGUCGGAGAUCUGUCACUUUUGCUCAAUCGUGAUGAGCAAUUGAGGAUGAGUGAUUUUGACUCACAGGUAGUGUGACUGCACUGCCUCACACAUGCCAUCUUUGUAUGGUUCUCGUGUGUGUUGAUCCAGGAUGAGGGGAGGAGGGCAGCCGCAGGAGCUGAAGAGCAUCAUCCUGGCAGCCAAACACAAGUACUGCCCCUACACAGGCAAGCUGAGUCACUGUUUGAUGGUAUUUCAGGUUGGCCUCGGUGAUGAGCUUACUGUCCCUGGCCUGGAUGAGCCACACGAGCAGGGCGCACCCAUCGGCCCACAGACUCCGAUUGUCUGCGGCGGUCAGCCGGCAUUCAGCAGUGGCGUACCGGCGACCGAAGAGCUCCAAGCAGGCGGGCAACCUGAGGGAUUCAGUCUCUCGCAAGUGAGCAAGCUGCAAAGCCAUCGGUAAUAUGCACCCUCCUGCCUUCUGUGUGUCUUUCCAUUCCAGCCCGCGGAUGCAUUGGCGGCACAAUGUGACCUUUCGGAGCAGCAGCCCUUCAGAUGGCCUUUCGAUAUCUCUCCAGCUGUGCCGUUCAAUCUGCACUCUUCCGCCCAUUCGGAGGCGCCGCUCUUUCCAACACUCGGGCCGCAGGAAGCAGCACAGGUGAGGCAAUAGGAUCCACUCUUUCUGUCCUGUGGGAAUGUGAAUGUGUGUGACUUGUCAGGGCCAUGUGUGCUCCGCGCUCCCAUUCCCCCACCUGCCCCUUGUGCCGUACGAGUCGUCAAGACAGCGGGCAGAGUCUAUUCCGCCACGCCUGUCGACAAUGCCGGCAAGACAGUCUUCACAAGUGAGAGGCACGCAGACUGUCGUUCGAUUCAUCGCAGCCUUGUACGUGUGCCUCUUCAGGUGAUGACCAAGAGGGCGGGGGAGGUAUCUAUCGGCGAGCGCUGUCGAUUGGUCGCCGAAUUUAAUCGACGCAAACAGACCGGAGAGAAGAUCACAAUGCCUCAGUUUGCGCAAGAGAAGGGCAUCGAGCAGACACGAUUCAAGAAGUGGUGCUCUGCCAUCAAGAAACAGCAGGAGGAGGAGGGCGGGCAGGUGUGGGACGCAACCAGGAAGCGCAACCGAAAGGGCAAAUUCCCCGAGCUCGAGGUCGAGAUGUGGAAGUGGCUUUUUGGCCACCAAGAUUCAGCGGCAAUCCCCCCGAAGCUCAUCAGGGCCAAGGCCUUAGAGAUCGCUGGCCAGCUGCGAAUCGAUGGCUUCUCGGCUAGCGACUCAUGGAUCACGGCCUUCAAGAGACGAUGCCGGCAGGUGGGACAGAGCACAAUCAGAGAGGGCAAAGCCAUUGUUCGUCGAUUCCUUGUUGUCCAUGUGACCUCUGCCAGAAUCCCCCUGAGACGUAUGAGCCAUCAGCUGCACCUAUUGCAGUCGCUUCGUCGCGUACUGACGUCCAACCAGCGCAGGUAGGAAGAGUCUUGUGUGCAUACUUUGUGGAUGGGGAUGAGUUCAAUUUAUUGGCGCAGGCCUGGAUGGGCAGACUGCCCUGCGACGUUGAAGCGUCAACUUACCAUCAGAGCACGUCGCGGCUGAUCAAGCAGGACCCGCCUGAUUCGCAACCCCUACCCGUCGCCCAAACACCAUCCCUGCAGCUCCCAUUAGCAGCUGCCGAUCAUCUCCACCCCCCGCCGCGGUCGAUCAGUUACUAUCCGACGCCGCGGACGAACGCAGGAGGGCGAGAGCAAGGCUUGGGACACUCAGACACAAAUGGCCUGAGCAGACAUGUACGCAUCAGACAGGCAUGAGCGCACCAUAGAAGCUUCCAGUCAUUCAUAUGGUUGACUUCUCUCAGCGCUUGGCGUCAUCUGAUCCGUCGGCAGCGGCUGCACUCCCCUUUCCCAUCGCUCCAGCUCACCUAACUCACCCACACCACCUUCCAAUGUCCUUCGACGAUCGCGCUCCGUCGAGCGGCGCGACCCCAGUCCCCUUCCAAUCAGACCCAAUCGCGAGGCACCGCCAGGUCGAGCAUCAGAUGCGUCACUGGAUGGAGGGCUUUUCGCUGCCGGCGCGUGUGGCUCCGGAGGCCAUCAGGGCCAGAGUGAUGGAGGUCGCCGGUCAGCUGGGUAUCGAUGGCUUCUAUGGCGAUUCAUGGAUCGCAGCCUUCAAGCAGCGAUGGCAAAAGGUGGGACAUAGCAAACAGUCGGAAAGACAUGCUGUCAUGCUGUAUGGAUCUGUAGAAUCCCGCCUGCUUCAUCGCCGGCAGGAACAAUCGGGACACAUCGCCCCCAAUCGAACAGGUGAUAAGCAGGCUCAUGUCCCACAUGCUUUCAGGUUUAUCAUCGUCUCCCAGAGCCACCACGAGAUUGCUGCUGCAGCGGCCUCCAUGCCUCCUCCAUCGGUACCAUGAGAGACUCAUUGAUGGAUUCAUUUUAAGACUUCCUGUGUCUUUUCAGAAACCCGGCGUGGCAUCAGAACUGGUUCAUGCAUUGCAGGUGGUACGAGAAGCGUGCCAUGAACCAGUCACGGCUGCCAAUGUGGCUCGUUUGUAUGCAGGCGAUGAGUGAGCAGAACCGAGUUGACACUGUUUCUGGUGCUCAAACAGCGGAUGACACUCAAGCCGACGGACACACAGAGAAUGUGAAUGCGGAGAAUGUGAAUGAGAUGCUGGUAGGAAGACCGAGGCCGCAAACAAGAUCAGUCAGUCACAUAGGCGUAUGUCCCUGGUGCCUCGCAUGGUCUGUAAUGUAUUCAGGCACUCACACUUGACACAGCUCCUUCACAUCGGCCUCACCCACAUUCACAGCAUACACCGCUGUUCUCGACGGCUCGCACCACGGAUCGAAGAGACGGCAAGGUCGGAUUCGCCAACUCGGGCGAUGGCGAGUUCCAAUCCAACUCGGGUGACUUCAAUGCUCCCAAUCUCCAACGGUUGGGCAGCGAGAAAGUUGAUGUCACCUACAACUCGAACGAUUGGUGAGUUGACACAGAAGACACUCGUACAUGGAUAUGGAUGCAAUUAUGCACACUUAUCGCUCUGCACCACCAGGUUGUAUGGCACGUGCACACGUGGGCGCAAAGCGGGCUUCAGUGGAUGGCUCCCUUCCGCAGCCGAGACAGAGCCGCUCUCGGAGCUACUGGGUGUGUCGAGCCUGGUGGUCUCGCUGCAGAGUCUCGCCAGCACGGUGCCUUUGACGGAGCCAGUGGUAGGUUUAGACCCAGUACUUUUCUCACUGCACAUCUUAUUCCUUUCAUUGUAGGCCACUGUGAUGAUCGAAAAUCAGCUUUCAUUCAUCGUUUCCACGAUUCACAAGAAUCGAGCGGCUAUCAACCAGAGGGAAGGGGAGAUUGUGAGUCAAAUGGGGGACGACAUGAGAGACUUGCUUAUGAGAGUGGCACCGCACGUCGGCGAAUGCCAUGAGGAUUUGAUAAGUGCGCUCCGACGACUCGGCGAGGAGAUGACUGACAACGCUGCAACAGCAUCUUCUGGUCUUGGCGACUCGCUGAAUGGCCUUCUCCAGUCGCCAACAGGAUCUGAAAAUGUCGGGUGGUCUUGCGAAGCUCUGAAGGCCGUUGCGAGAUGGACCGUCGAACAAUUCAACAAAUCGAGAGAGUAAGCAGCCAUAUGGAUACGUAUACCGCUUGCACUCAUGCGUCUCUCUCUCUCUCUCUGUGUGUGUGUGUGUGUGUGUGUGCGUGUCUCCGUGUGUGUGCGUCUGUGUGUAACGUUCUGUCGAUGGUUUACGAAAGACUCGCAGAGCACGGUGCGCCACCCGCAGAGCACAAAGUGGCCAAGCCGGCAGUCGGCACUGUUAUUGCAGGUUAGCUAGAUGCCUCCGCAGAGUGAGCGUGUGUUCAUUUGUGUUCGAAUGUGUGUUCAGAUGUAUACUUGUCCGAGCAGUCUGAGCUGCUCUUGCUUCGCUGUGACGACCAGGUGUUGGCGAUGCACACGGACGGCAGGGGAUGGAUGUACGGCAGAUGCAUCAAGGGCAAUAUGAAGGGACAUAGCGGAUGGUUUCUCUCCACCAUCGUCACAUUCGACAACAACCCACAGGCCAGCCCAUCUUCUUCCACCGCAGCUAGCGCAAGGCGCCUUCCUGCCGCACAUCGGACUCAAGAGCCCCCUGCAUCAGCUUCAGCUACCAUGUCUGCUGCACGCCUUUUUGACUCCGUCCAGUCGCCUCUAUCCAUCACCAGUCACCCAGCCCCACACCCUAUUGCACCUACCGGCAUCGGCAGGUGCGAUGCGGAUGCUGCUGCUUCACAGCAGUUGCAGGGCGAGGAAGCUGCAUUUAGACACACAGCGGAUGCAUUUAUCGGCCGACAUCGCCACGAUGAGCCAGAAGGGCCUCCUCAAGUAGAGCGCCCUCCGCCGAUUGACGACCACAGCCAGCAGGUAGACACAAUCGAUCAAUAAUACACCAGUGAGCAAGCCUUUCUCUGCGUGCAGCCACCGACUGUGGCAGCAGCAGCUGUGGACCGACAGUCAGACCACUCACGUAGCCGGAAUACUAUGAGCGUAAGAAAGCACAAUAUCAGUGCAAACAAGCCGGAGACACAUGACCGACGCACAUUCGUACUGUGUCCUCUCAGGUCAUCCAUUCAGAGGACAGGAGAACAGCAAGUGGCGACCGACAUCUGAAUUACCAGAAGAGUGACGGAUUUGCUCACUUUGCGAAGCCGCCCUCGGCGGUGAGCAGUGCAUUGGGAUCUACUACACUGUUUUGUUGCCACAUUCGUGUCUGCUUGCCGUUUAGGUACCGUCGCGUUCGUCGGUCAAGUCUGUGGUCAGCAUCACUGUCGAUGAUUAUCUUAGCGACAUACUGGAGGUCAGCCACACAAGCAGGAUGACAGGUACAGGCCGUAAGCUAUCCUGCCCGUCUGUCUUGUCAUCAGCAUGACGACAAUGAAACCAGCUUGGCGCGUUCUGUCGUGAGUACCGAAGACAACGACUCAGGAGAAAAGGUGAGGUUGGAUCGAAAUGGCACGAAGAAUCAGUCCUCGUUUUCUUUCUUGCAUUCGCAGAACAAUGAUAGCGGCGCGACAGACGAAGACGAUAUGUCGCAUCGCGUACUCGAGACCCACGAGAGCACCACAGCACGCGCAGUACGACGGCUGCCUGUGUGUUGUGUUGUCUGCAGGUGAUAUUUGGCAGCAGCCUGGGUGCGCCUUUGAGUGUGUGGCUCUUCACUCCCUCUUCGUGCCGCACAUAUUCGGCCAAUGCAGCUUCACGUUGCUGUACAGGUGCAUGCACAAUCACGACACAUGCAAGCUCGGUCGCCCUCGUUUGCAUUGUGUUGUCAGGGCUUCGCGUGAUGGUGGCAAGAUUCGUGAUAUGUAUCGCCAUGUGGGCGAUGCGACGGGCUUGGUGUUUGUCGUCCGCAAAGGUCAGUACACCUUUGGUGUAUACAUCAGCGAUGGAAUCAGACCACCGGUGGCUCAGAGCGAGGCCGAGUACCGGCUCGUCAAUGCCAGUUAUAGAGUAACGAAGAGCAUCUACAGGCAGCAUCAGCAAAGAAAGGCGAGAAGAUGGUCGUGGAUGUGUGUUGUGGUGUUGUGUAUUGUAUGUCAGGCUGAUAGGGGUGAUGGCAUGCAGCUGACAGUCAAAAAGGGCGACGCCGUCCAAGUCUUCCUUCACGACCCCUCCGGAUGGACAUAUGGCGAGUAAGACAUAGACGAGACAAACUCUCAUGUCUUCUUUCUGCACUAUUUCUCAGAUUGAGCAACGGCAACUGCGGGUGGUUCUCCGACCGCUGCCUGGGCAAGCGCCUCACCGGACAGCCAUUCGGCAUGGCAGCAAGAGAGGCAGCGGACACCCACAAUCACCACCACCAACAGCAGCUGCAGCAAUCCGGUGUGAUGCAUUCAACGCUCAACCCCCGCGCCAAGCCGUGGCACCCCUUCCAGGGGCCCUCAUUCAGCGACAUACUCAUGCGGGGCGACGGAAAUGGUCAUGCGGGGGAUGCGGAGCGGCGGACAUCGUGGCCAUGGGGGGGUUGGCAUGGGGUGUUGGUUUGCGGUCAUGAGGACAACACCUCAUGUGUGCAUGCGGAGCGGCGCGUCGAUGGCACGCCGUGGCUUCUUUUCCAGGGGCUGCCGUUCAGCGACGGCGAGGGCGGGGGAGGGGCCACAUCUGCGCAGGCACGGCAAUGCGACGAAGGCAAGAACAAUGACAAUGGCGAUGAGCGAGAUAGAACUUGUACAAUGUAG